AUGCCGCUAAAUGCAAAUAAGUUAUCAGAGGCAUGCCAUAAAGUUGCCCCAGUUAUAGCUACAUCUUUAAACCAUGGAAUUGCUGAAUCAACAAACCUUAAGACAGUUUUAUCCAAAAUAGUUCCCAUAGAACAAAACAAGGUGCAAGAAUUUCGUAAGGCACAUGGAAAUAAAAAAAUCUGCGACGUUACUGUCGACAUGAUAUACGGUGGUAUGCGCGGUAUGAAAGGAUUAGUCUGCCAAACUUCCGUUUUGGACCCCGACGAGGGUAUUCGUUUCCGUGGUUUAUCUAUACCAGAAUGCCAAAAGCUCUUACCUAAAGCAGAAAAUGGUGAAGAGCCUUUACCUGAAGGUCUUUUUUGGUUGUUAAUUACUGGUAAAGUACCGACUGAGGAACAAGUCAAAGCUUUAUCUAAGGAAUGGGCAGAACGGGCUACGUUACCAGCCCAUGUUGUUUGUUUAUUGAACAACAUGCCUCGAAAACAACAUCCAAUGUCACAAUUUUCAUGUGCAGUUACUGCUUUGAAUAGUGAGAGCAAAUUUGUGAAGGCGUAUAAUCAAGGAGUUAAAAAGAGCCAGUAUUGGGAGUAUGUAUUUGAAGACAGCAUGAACUUAAUAGCAAAACUUCCGGUAGUAGCUGCUACAAUUUACCGGAACACCUACAGAGAUGGUAAAGGGAUUGACGCUAUUUGUACAAAACUGGACUGGUCUGCCAAUUUCACAAAAAUGCUUGGUUACGAAGAUGAAAAGUUUACAGAGUUGAUACGGUUAUACCUCACUAUUCAUAGCGAUCACGAAGGUGGCAAUGUGUCUGCUCACACAACCCACCUGGUUGGAUCAGCUCUGAGUGAUCCGUACCUGUCGCUCGCUGCAGGUUUGAAUGGAUUAGCAGGACCUCUGCAUGGACUCGCAAACCAGGAAGUCCUUGUCUGGUUUAUGAAAAUGCAGAAAGAACUCGGAGACGAUGUAUCUGAAGAAAAAAUGAAAGAAUUUAUUUGGAAAACUCUCAAGAGCGGACAGGUUAUACCUGGUUAUGGGCAUGCUGUUCUCCGAAAGACUGAUCCGCGUUAUAUAUGCCAAAGGGAAUUUGCUCUUAAACAUUUACCGGAUGAUCCACUAUUUAAAUUAACAUCUACAGCGUAUAAAGUGGUACCACCUAUUCUCACAGAAUUAGGGAAAGUCAAGAACCCUUGGCCAAAUGUGGACGCUCAUAGUGGUGUUCUGUUACAGCAUUACGGCAUGAAGGAAAUGAACUUCUACACCGUCUUAUUUGGAGUAUCACGUGCUCUUGGUGUUUUGGCCUCUUUGGUUUGGGAUCGCGCCAUGAAUUUGCCAAUUGAACGACCAAAAUCAAUGUCCACAGAUGCACUGAUCAAAGCCGUCAAGGAGAACUAA